AUGGGCUAUAAACUUCAAAAUCUUGAUGGUAUUGGCAUUUCUUCUAAUAGAAUCACUGGAACUAUUCCAAGCUAUAUCUCCAAUUGUUCUUACCUGACGACCAUAUACUUUGAUUCUAAUGGUUUAAGUGGCCCAAUUCCGAACUCUUUAGGAGAACUAAGAUGGUUGGAAUUAUUGGACUUGUUUGAUAAUAAUUUGACCACUGAAUCUUCAUCUGUUGGCCUCAAUAUUGUUAGUUCAUUAGCAAACUGUAGAUACUUGAGAGAACUUUGGUUAAGUAACAAUGCUCUUAAUACUGUCUUACCAAGUUCCUUUGGAAACAUUCCAAGUGCCAUUGGAGGUUUGCAAGAAUUGCAAUACAUUAUCCUAGCAAACAAUCUUCUACAAGGAUCUAUUCCUAACACUUUUGCAAGUAUGAUUAGCUUGGAACAUAUGGAUUUGUCAAACAAUAAUUUGAUGGGUAGGAUUCCCAAAUCAUUGGAGACACUCCUCUAUCUCAAAUUUUUGAAUGUAUCAUUCAACAAAUUAAGUGGAGAAAUUCCAAGCAAAGGUCCUUUUAAACAGUUUGGUUAUCUAUCAUUUUUGUCCAAUGAAGGGCUGUGUGGUUCCUCAAGGCUAAAAGUACCACCUUGUAAUCCUAAUUCUAACUCGCAUCGAUCUAUAAGGAGAUUGCUUUGGAUUGUACUAAUCUCUAUAGCUAUAUUGAUUGUGGGAAUCUCAUCGGUUGGAUUGCAUAAAUGCAAAAGUAAAAAGUCAAUUUCUACUGAAGUUAUUUUGUUUCAAGAAAUGGUGUUUCCGAGAAUUUCUUAUUAUGAACUUCAACAAGCAACUCAAGGGUUUGAUAGCAGUAACUUGCUAGGGACUGGAAGCUUUGGUUCUGUUUAUAAGGGCAUAUUUACUAAUGGGUCGUCCUUCGCCAUCAAGGUAUUUAAUUUGCAAGUUGAAGGUGCAUUCAAGAGCUUUGAUAUAGAAUGUCAAGUGUUGCGCAACCUCCGUCAUAGAAAUCUCACAAAGGUCAUUAGUGCUUGCUCUAACUUAGACUUUAAAGCACUCAUACUUCAGUACAUGCCUCAUGGUAGCCUAGACAAUUGGUUAUAUUCUGAAAAUCAAUCGUUAAACAUCAUGCAAAGAUUAAACAUAAUGAUUGAUGUGGCAUGUGGGUUAGAGUAUUUGCAUUAUGGUAACAGUAUUCCAGUUGUUCAUUGUGAUCUAAAGCCAAGUAAUGUAUUACUUGAUGAAGAUAUGGUGGGACACGUAAGUGAUUUUGGGAUCUCAAAGUUACUUGGAGAUGAUAGAUCAAUUGCUUAUACAUGUACCAUGGCUACAAUUGGAUAUAUUGCCCCAGAGUAUGGAUCAAGAGGAAUGGUUUCCACAAGAAGUGACGUUUAUAGUUAUGGAAUAAUGUUAAUGGAAGUUUUCACAAGGAAGCGCCCAAGUAAUGAAAUGUUUUCAGGAGACCUUAGUUUACAGAGUUGGGUUUAUAAUUCACUUUCUAACACUCCUGAUCUGAUUGUGGACUCUACCUUAUUAAGGGCCGAAGAAUUGCAACUUAGUCAAAAAUUGCAAUACAUAUCAACUAUUUUGGAGUUGGCUUUGAAUUGCACAGUGGAAUCUCCUAAAGAGAGGGUUGAUAUUCGACAUGAGUUUGUUAUUGAAGACUAUUACUGA